CUUAAAGAAAAAUUAUAUUCUGCUCUUAGAUUUAAAGCUGAAAUUAAUGAUCUUAGCGAGAAGUUACUAACUAAGUAUUUAGAGCAAGAGAAAGAGCUUCAGCACCUUCGAGCAAGAAAAAAGCGGAUAAGGCUUUACGAGAAGGCAGAUG